GAAGACACGGCGUCAGGGGCUUCUGCUCCAAAGGUGACGGCCACAAUGAACCCUCCAAGGACUCUGCGACAGAGAAGAGAAAUUAGUGAGUGCUGAUAGCGAAGGUGAGGAAGAAGAGUCCUUGUGGUGAUCGAUCGGUCGCAGGUUAAAAGCAUUUAAUGACUGAAAAUAACAUCACUAACACAGGUUGAUGAACCACUGACAUGGGAAUGCAUCUGCAACAAGCAAAUAUGGUGUUUUUAUGAAUGAUUGUGACUAAAACAAGCAGUCAAUUAACUAAAUUAGAGAAAGAAUCUGCAAUAACAAACUGAUAACUUGAUCCCAUCCUUGUCACUGUAGCAUUAGUUGACUCAUAUGAUGCUUACGUUCUUCUCCAGCAUGUAGAGCAGAGUAUUUAUGAGAUGUUAGUGUCUUUACCCACAGCUUACUCUCGUUCUUCUUGCAGCUGUGCUUCUUCCCUUCAGAGAGCUCACACGGUAAUAAAACGCCUCGUUGCCCCAGCAGGUCGACGUCGUCCCACUUGUUUCCAUUCACACACAGUUUGCUUUAUCUGUCGGCCAUGUUUACGGUGGCUUUGCUCAGCUGACUGGCUGUCAACAACAUCUUGUUUCCCCCGGAGGCUCAUUUCAGUUUCAGUGAAGCCUCGUUGUGUUAAAUAUCCACUCAGCAGAUUAAAUCAUCUCCACAAAGAAGAGAACGCUGGAUGCUGCUGAGGAACAAAUUAGAUAUUGAUUAUCAGUCUGUAAUAAUGAUCUGAUCUGUUAACAUCAACAACCAAUGAACACACUACUGCUACUACUAUGUUACAUUUAUAUUAUAUACUUAUUCACUUCUCUUUAACAUUCAAGCAGCUGUAGUCAGAGAGUAUGUUUAAUUAAUCAAAUAAUAAUGUUUGAGCUAAACUGCUUUUUACUUAUUGACAUUUAAUAGAUCCAGAUGAUUUAUGGAUUCAUGAUAAAAAUAACUGUCAGAUUAAUGAAUAUAAAGUAAAGAUACAGAUACAGACAGGUGAGCACAGUUUACCUCACAGUAUGAGUAAAGUUAAAUAACUAGAACAUUAAAUACAUGAUGAUCAAAUAAACACCAACAUGUACUAAAUACAUAACUACAGCAACAUCAGUAGAAACUACUCAGUGUAUUGAGAUGAAAUGUGAUACUGUAAUAGCAUUUUUCACUAUUGUGACGUUUUACAGACUAAACUACAAUGAAGAAGUGAAUCCACAGAUUAAUCGUCCCGGCUUUGGUGCCAGACGUAAAGAAUAACUCGGGUUAAAGGUCUGUAACAGAACAGGAGUACAUCGGGUAGUUUGAGGUCCCCGGGGCCCCGACAGCGUUCAGCCUGGUUAACGGCGUCCUGAGGCUGUGCUCCGGCUAAUAAAGGGUUAAAAAGUUAGUAAUGCAGAGGAGCUUAUCCCGCCCACGUCGUGUUUCCACGGUUUCUGCACCAAAGCCUGGAUGCUGGCGUGCUGCCCGGCACUUUCUCGGGCCCUUCAGGAGCCGAUGAGUCACAGGCACGGAUUGAUCUGUGCAGCGCCGCCUCUCGGCGCUCUAAGUCGGCCUCCUCCCUCCUCGCUCAUUUGUCCUGACAUCUGGGAGGCAGUGAAGGCAGCACCGUGGACCGGGUCAAAUAAGACGCAGCAGACCUCAAUGUGAAGCGGAGCGUUUAUUAUAUCUCUAUCUACGUUAUUAACUCUCACAAAUCCCACAAUCUGAGGCUGCAAGUAUUUGUAUUAUCUGCCAUUUAUUUUCUCUGUUAAUCGUCUUCUGUCUUGAUUUACAAUCACAUGAAACAGAGUUCCAGUGAAUCAACAUGGACCUAUUGAUCUGUUCACAGAUUACAUGAGAAGCAUGUUGUGUUGAUUCUCUGCAGUGAACAUGGAGCCUGAUUAUUGUAGAUUACUAAAUGAAACACAUUGUUCAUGUAGAGACAGGAGAUUGUUUGCAGAAUACUUCAGUAUUAGAAACGUCUCUGUGAAGGAUGUGCAGCUCGGCGCUAAUGAGAGCAGCUGAGGUGGAUUAAUGAGCCGGUGCAGCCUGAACCAGAUGUUCCAGUGGUGGUGCAGCUCCCUCACAGGCCUCAUGAACUCGACUCAUGUCACUGAUCGCCUCUUUACCUCACCCUGUCUCAGUAUUCAUCACAUCUCUCCCUAACUUGUUUCAGCUCUGCUGAGGUGAAAUAACUCAAAGUUCACUCGCAGACUUUCCUUGUUUCCAAAUCAGGGGACAGGAAAUGCAUAAUUUGCAAAGGAUUGUGGGUGUUUUGGGAGUGGUGAGGACAUGCAUCGUAAUAAUGUGACGUUUUCUCUCAUUAACUUGUGUUUUCUUGUUAAUCUGACAGCAGCUACGCAUUAUGCCAGUAUUCAUACUUUUGUGUUUAUUGAAGCAGUUUUCUUGUAAUAAUCUGAUCAUUUGUGCUACAUUUACUUUAUUAUUGCAUUGAUGCUUCUUGUUGUAAUGGUUCUUGUCACUAAUUCCGUAUUAUUCCCUCUGCACACUCUCUCCCUCUUGUUGAUCUGCUUGCUUUGCAUUUGAGAAGGAAGGCGGGCAUCCUGCCCAGCCUGGAGGACCUGCUCUUCUACACCAUCGCAGAGGGCCAGGAGAAGAUCCCUGCUCACAAGUUCACCACAGCUCUUAAAGCCACCGGGCUUCGCACCGGAGACCCCCGGCUGAAAGAGUGUAUGGACAUGCUGAAGAUGACCGUGAAGACAACCUCCGACGGAGCGCUGGACCGACACCUCUUCAAAAAGUGUGUCCAGAGCAACAUCGUUCUGCUCACCCAGGCCUUCAGGAAGAAGUUCGUCAUCCCAGACUUCCAGUCCUUCUGCGGCCACAUGGACGAGCUCUACGUCAACGCCAAGAAAAUGUCUGGAGGGCAGGUGGCCGACUACAUUCCCCAGCUGGCCCGCUUCAGCCCAGACCUGUGGGCCGUCUCGCUGUGCACCGUCGAUGGACAGAGGCACACCGUCGGCGACACCAAGGUUCCCUUCUGUCUGCAGUCCUGUGUGAAGCCGCUGAAAUACGCCAUCGCCGUCCACGACCACGGCACCGAGUACGUGCACCGCUUCAUCGGCAAAGAGCCCAGCGGCCUGCGAUUCAACAAGCUCUUCCUGAACGAGGAAGAUAAACCUCACAACCCGAUGGUCAACGCUGGAGCUAUUGUCUGCACCUCCCUCAUCAAGCAAGGAGCGAGCAACGCUGAGAAGUUUGAUUAUGUCAUGAACUUCAUGAACAAACUGGCAGGAAACGAGUACGUGGGCUUCAGCAACGCCACCUUCCAGUCGGAGCGAGAGUCUGGAGACAGAAACUUUGCCAUCGGCUACUACCUGAAGGAGAAGAAGUGUUUUCCAGAGGGGACGGACAUGACCUCCAUCCUCGACUUCUACUUCCAGCUCUGCUCCAUCGAGGUGACCUGUGAGAGCGCCAGCGUCAUGGCGGCGACUCUGGCCAACGGCGGCUUCUGUCCAAUCACAGGAGAGCGCGUGCUGAGCCCCGAGUCGGUGCGAGACACUCUGAGUCUGAUGCACUCCUGCGGCAUGUACGACUUCUCCGGACAGUUCGCUUUCCACGUCGGUCUGCCGGCUAAAUCUGGUGUCGCCGGCGGGAUCCUGCUGGUUGUUCCGAACGUGAUGGGCAUCAUGUGUUGGUCUCCUCCACUCGACAAGCUGGGCAACAGCGUGAGAGGCAUCCAGUUCUGCACGGACCUGGUUUCUCUCUGUAACUUCCACAACUAUGACAACCUGAGACACUUUGCCAAGAAGCUGGAUCCUCGUAGGGAGGGAGGAGACCAGAGGGUGAAGUCGGUGAUCAAUCUUCUGUUUGCUGCUUACACCGGAGACGUCUCCGCCCUGAGGAGGUUUGCGUUGUCCUCCAUGGACAUGGAGCAGAGGGACUACGACUCCAGGACGGCCCUGCAUGUGGCAGCCGCUGAAGGACACGGUGAGGUGGUUCGCUUCCUGCUGGAGGCCUGUAAAGUCAACCCCGUUCCCAAAGACAGGUGGGGCAACACGCCGAUCGAGGAAGCGGUCCACUUCGGCCACCACGACGUGGUGACCAUCCUCCGAGACUACCACACCCAGUACAGCCCUCAGGAACCCACCGACGACAAGAAGAGCGCCGAGAAGAACCUGGACGGUCUGCUCUGAUGGAAAGAAACCGGACGGUUGUGAGUUGGGAGAAAACGUGGAUCAUGUGGAUCAGAGAGGAAACAACCUCUCAUUAAAACAACCCAGAACAAUAAAGUAUACAUUACAACAUCCUUCAGAAACAACUUCACAUUCCCCUCACACACACAGGGCAGCCCCCGCCCCUCCAGAGUAAAAGCUCCUCGUCAUGCUACUAGAUGUGAUAUUAAUGUUAGUGGGGAAACUGGUGUUGUUUACUUUCUCCCUUCUGUAUUUCGCCCUCACCUUUGUAACUUUGUAGGAAGUAACCGCCCCGUUGAAUGCUGGGUAAAUUCGGCGGCGGCUGGCAAGUCGACGGACUCCGUUAUUUACUUUUUCAAAUUGACAUUUUUAUUCUGAAAGGCUGAAAACAGGAAGCAGCAUGCAUCUCGUACCCUGGUUAGAAACCUUCGUCACUUCCUCAUCACAACAUGGUGGAAUGUAUCUUCCCCCAAACAUGUGUGAUACAUGUUUAAGAUAAAGUGUGUGUGUGUGUGUGUGUGUGUGUGUGUGUGUGUGUGUGUGUGUGUCUGAGACGAGGAUACAUGAGUGUAAAUACGUGUAAUAAGUGUAAAGCUGUGGUGGAACGUGAGGUUGAGCUUUGAUCACGAGGAGCGUGACGUAGAUUUCACUGAAACUCUGGAAAUAUAUAUUUAAACUGUUAAAUAUGCAGCUUGUAAAGGUCAACACGAGAUGAGAGAUGUUUUUGUUUUGCUAUCUAAAAGCUGUUCUAGUUUAUUUGUCACCGUUAUUGAAUUGUUUGAUAUUUAUUUUUUGUAACAAGCAAGUCGGCCAAAGUUUCUAGAUAUCACAUACAGUAUAUGACACUGCCAGCGCUGACGGAAGCUUGAAUUACUUCCACUCAACAACAGAAACAAUAUUUAGUUUCCUAAUUAUGUGAGAAAUGGUCUUUAAACGCAGCUUUUUAACGGACGAUUGCCACCAAAUAAGAGCUGAAAUAUUGGUCUUUGUUGAGGCGCCGGUUCCUUUAUUUCAUGCAUAAACACUAAAGUUAUUAUUCCUUUAGUGCAGAUGUGUUGACUGUAAUGUUUCACAUGAACGAUGAUGGUUUUAUUGUUACACUUUCAGGUCUGAAACACAAAGAACUCUACUGAAGGAGCUUUGUAAUGCAGACAGAUUGUUUUUUAUGUGCAGAAGAAUCUGUCAUACUUGAACGGUUGUGCAGAUGUUUCAUUUUUUCCAGAGGUUUUGUGUGUUUGUAGCGUGUUGGAGGUUUGUAUGUUGUUUCUGUAAAGAUGAACUGAACCAGGCAAUCAACAUGUCUGCAAUAUUAACAAUCCACACUCCAAAAUGUAGUGCAUUAUAAAUCCUUAGGUUGGGAUCGGAUCAUUCAGUUUUCAAAUCUUUAAGUUUUUAAAAAAAAAUGGAUUAAAAGAAGCACAAAACUACCUAAAAAUUGCGAUCUUUUGAGAAACAAUUAGCAAUACGGAUGUAAUGAUUGUUCAAUUAAAUUAGCAAUAUGGACGUGAGCUGAUCCCGACCUGCAUUCUGAAGUAUUCUGAAUGUAACGUGUUUGUUUGUGUCGUUCUGUUUCUUCUUCAUGUGUAUUUAUGCUGCCGACUGUCGCAGGCAGUCAAGAUAUUAAUUCACAGAUCAAACAUUAAAUAAAAGUUAUAAAACUCAAAA